GGGCCCCGAGGUGUGUAAUAGCUAUUUGUCUACUUGAUUCAAUUCCAACAUAAUAAGACUCGUCAUCCCCGACAGGUCCUUGACCCUUGAGCAAGUAUGGUUACCUAAGUAUUUAUGCCCUUCACCUCACUUGUUGUCUAAAUUUGGAUCUCUCAACCCCUUGCCAGCUCACCUUCUUCGAGGUGCAUACGUAGUUACUCAUAUUACGAUGUUAUUCGACCAUUUCCCAGCCGAGCUGAGGUCCGGGGAUGGAACUAGGGUGUUCGGUCGAUAUUCGGUGUGGCAUUUGGUUAUGUCAACUUUGGUGAUUGGAAUCGUCACUCUGAUAAUUGACUACAGCUACAUGCUAUGGAGGAGAUCAAAAUUGGUCAGUUACUCCGGUAGCAGGUAUCCGUUCAGUAAAAACUAAUCCGAGUGGCCGUUAGCCUCCUGGACCAUUUCCCUGGCCCGUUGUAGGAAAUACUUUUAUGCUCCCGGAGAAGAAACCAUGGAUUUGGUUCGAAGAGCUAUCUAAAAAAUAUGAUGCGCCGCUUGUCACGAUAUGGAUCGGACGGUGAGAGGAUCCCGCCGCCGGUGUGGAUUUACAACUAACUUCCGGAAUAGGAACCCAACAAUUUGGAUUAACGACGCUUGGACGGCCUCGGAGCUUUUCGAGAAGCGUGCAGGCGUCUACUCGUCGCGGCCGCGGAUGUUGGUCUUUGCGGAAUUAGGUGCCGGCCAAGAUAACUUGGUCAACAUGUAUACGACGCGUCCUGAAGAACGUGACCGUUGGCGUGUCCACCGUAAGCUCAUGCACCAGGGCGUCGGUGUACAGUCCGUCCGGAGGUAUCGCCAAUUCCAAAAUAACGAGAGCCGCGUCGUUGCGUAUGACUUACUCAAAGCCCCCGACGAUUAUGUUAAGCACUUCGAACGGUACGCCACGAGUGUUGUCUCCAUUAUCGCUUUCGGAAGGCGUGUCGAAAGCUGGAGCGAUCCUAUUAUCACCGAAGUCAUCGCCGUCAUGCACCUUGCUGCCGACCUGAAUGUCCCUGGCAAGACCUUUCCCAUGCUCAUGGAGACUUUCCCUUUCCUUGCGAAGUUCCCUAACGCGAUUGCACCGUGGAAGUAUGGGUUAGGUAAGAGACGUGGGACUCACUUCUUCCACGCUUUAGCAGACGAAGCAGUUAAAAAGGAAGGCCACGAGGACUCUUUCGUCCACUACCUAUUCUCCGAAGGCCCAAAGUAUAACCUUAGGGAUGCCGAAAUUUCCUCCCUAACUGGGAAUCUAUUUGGCGCCGGGUCCGACACUAGCAGCAGCACGCUGAUAACGUUUGUUCUAGCGUGUUGCGCUUUUCCAGAGACCCUAGUACCGGCGUGGGAAGAGCUCGAUCGUGUAGUUGGCUCUUACAGAAGUCCGACUUGGGAAGACGAAGAAAAGCUCCCCUAUGUCAAAGCAUUUGUUAAGGAAGUUUUCCGAUGGCGUUCGGUUGCCAUAAUUGGAGGGCAACCGCAUGCGCCGACGCAGGAUGACUACUAUAAAGGUUGGCUGAUUCCCAAGGGCACCUGGAUUCAGGGCAACGUAUGGGCUAUUCACCAUAAUGAGCGCGAAUUCCCCGAGCCGGAUCGUUUCAACCCGAACCGUUUCCUCCCCGGACAUCCAGAUAGCCGGCCGUUCCCGGGAGAAAGGGGUUAUAUGACCUUUGGAUGGGGUCGCAGGGUAUGCUCGGGGCAAGCACUGGCCGAACAGGGUACUUGGAUUACUGUUGCGAGGAUACUAUGGGGCUUCAACAUUCAGAAGAAGAGGCGUUCGGACGGCAGUACGGUUGAUGUGGACAUUUUCAAUUAUACGUAAGUGCAACAGAAGGAGAGAAAAAAAGGGGGGACUUGCAAUAUAUAUAAAACUAACGACACGCAUGCAGGAAUGGACUCAAUAUGCGGCCGCAGCCAUUCGAGUGCAGCAUCACGCCACGUAGUGAAGAGAUUCGCCAAACAAUAGAGCGCGAGGGUAAGCAGGCACUUGAAGAGCUGGAACAGUAUCGCGGGGAAACCAAGUACCGAAUGUCAACUUUCUACGCAAGAAACGAUGUUGCGAUGAAGCUUUACGGGGAUGAGGAGAAGGCGUCAUCGUAGUUAAGUGUACCUAGAUGAAGUCGAUCUUCUUACAUCUAAAUCGUGGAUUUGAAUUCUAGUCCUGAUUCCUGGCAAAUAGCUCAUAUUUAUUGAGCGAAAGGCAACAUGAAUAUGAGGCGCGAGGAUUUUAAAAAUGAAAAUAAGAAUAAAAAUAAAAAUGGGUAACUACAAGCAUUUACGAAACCUUCCAUGACCUUUAAGAGGUGAGGUAGGUAAUCGA